AUGCGUGUUACACCGAACAGAUGCAAAUGUGUGGGCAUGGGCAUGUGCAUGGGCAUGUGCAUGGGCAUGGGCAUGUGCAUGGGCAUGGGCAUGGGCAUGUGCAUGGGCAUGUGCAUGGGCAUGUGCAUGGGCAUGUGCAUGGGCAUGUGCAUGGGCAUGUGCAUGGGCAUGUGCAUGGGCAUGUGCAUGGGCAUGUGCAUGGGCAUGUGCAUGGGCAUGUGCAUGGGCAUGUGCAUGGGCAUGUGCAUGGGCAUGUGCAUGGGCAUGUGCAUGGGCAUGUGCAUGGGCAUGUGCAUGGGCAUGUGCAUGGGCAUGUGCAUGGGCAUGUGCAUGGGCAUGUGCAUGGGCAUGUGCAUGGGCAUGUGCAUGGGCAUGUGCAUGGGCAUGUGCAUGGGCAUGUGCAUGGGCAUGUGCAUGGGCAUGUGCAUGGGCAUGUGCAUGGGCAUGUGCAUGGGCAUGUGCAUGGGCAUGUGCAUGGGCAUGUGCAUGGGCAUGUGCAUGGGCAUGUGCAUGGGCAUGUGCAUGGGCAUGUGCAUGGGCAUGUGCAUGGGCAUGUGCAUGGGCAUGUGCAUGGGCAUGUGCAUGGGCAUGUGCAUGGGCAUGUGCAUGGGCAUGUGCAUGGGCAUGUGCAUGGGCAUGUGCAUGGGCAUGUGCAUGGGCAUGUGCAUGGGCAUGUGCAUGGGCAUGUGCAUGGGCAUGUGCAUGGGCAUGUGCAUGGGCAUGUGCAUGGGCAUGUGCAUGGGCAUGUGCAUGGGCAUGUGCAUGGGCAUGUGCAUGGGCAUGUGCAUGGGCAUGUGCAUGGGCAUGUGCAUGGGCAUGUGCAUGGGCAUGUGCAUGGGCAUGUGCAUGGGCAUGUGCAUGGGCAUGUGCAUGGGCAUGUGCAUGGGCAUGUGCAUGGGCAUGUGCAUGGGCAUGUGCAUGGGAUGGCAUGGGCAUGGGCAUGUGCAUGGGCAUGUGCAUGGGCAUGUGCAUGGGCAUGUGCAUGGGCAUGUGCAUGGGCAUGUGCAUGGGCAUGUGCAUGGGCAUGUGCAUGGGCAUGUGCAUGGGCAUGGGCAUGGGCAUGUGCAUGGGCAUGUGCAUGGGCAUGUGCAUGGGCAUGUGCAUGGGCAUGUGCAUGGGCAUGUGCAUGGGCAUGUGCAUGGGCAUGUGAAUCCCCUGAUGCCAUGCCAUGCACAUGGCCCCAUUAUGUCCCCUGCAAGUCCACCCACGUGGCCUCCACCCACGUGGCCUCCACCCACGUGGCCUCCACCCACGUGGCCUCCACCCACAUGGCCUCCACCCACGUGGCCUCCACCCACGUGGCCGCCACCCACAUCCUGA